UCAAACCUUGUUAAAUGAAAGGAAAUUUGAAGUUUUCACUUAAUAUCUCAUCAUGUUUCAAGUUAAGUACAUAGUAUUCAUUUUAUGGCUAUGCGACGGAAUUCAAGGACGUACGGGAUUCGGACCCGGGGAGCAAGAAUGGGGUUAUGUAGACGUUAGGAAGGGUGCUCAUAUGUUUUGGUGGCUUUACUACACAACCGCGCCGGUUAGUCACUAUACUGAAAGACCGCUUGUGAUUUGGCUUCAAGGCGGUCCUGGAGGCUCUUCAACAGGUCAUGGAAAUUUUGCGUUACUUGGACCUCUAGAUUUAGACCUUAACGAACGAAACUUUACCUGGGUUAACCUUGUUAACGUGUUGUUCGUAGACAAUCCCGUAGGAACAGGAUUCAGUUAUGUAGAUGAUGCUAGGUACUUAACUACCACUAAUCGGCAAAUAGGCGAAGACUUUGCCGUACUCUUAAAAGGUAUUUUACAAGUAGUUCCUGAAUUUGCCACUGUUCCAAUAUACAUAUUCGGACAGUCGUAUGGAGGUAAAAUGGCGGCAGAUAUUGCUGUUGCUAUUCAUGAGCAUGUGGCCAGUGGUGAUUUAAAAUGCAAUCUACAAGGAAUUGCUUUAGGAAAUUCGUGGAUAUCUCCACUGGACUCAGUUUUAAAUUGGGCACCAUUUUUAUUGGAGGUGGGUGCAGUGGAUGAAAAGGGAUAUAACGCAAUCGAUGCUGCAGCUCAGAGGACCAAGAGAGUAUAUGAAAGUGGCGAUUACGUCCGUAGUACAUCAGAAUGGAGCCGAACUGAACGAGUUGUCUGGAGAGAAAGCUACAAUGUUGAUUUUUAUAAUAUUUUGGAACAAAUUCCUGGAGAUGAUGCAGCUGCCAUCCUAAGAAGUAUUUCUUCAACUACUCCAAUUGCGAAACCAGGAGAGGAACGAAAAACAUAUUCUGAAGAUGAACUUAUGAAUGGACCUGUAAAAGAAGCUUUAGGUUUAAGUGUUACAUGGGGUGCUCAAUCAUCACCAGUAUUUGACUACCUAAGUGAAGAUUUUAUGAAGCCUGUUACUCAUACGAUUGAGCAUCUCCUCAACACAACUAAUAUAAAAGUGUCGGUGUAUUCAGGUCAACUGGACUUAAUCUGCUGCACUCCAGGAACUUAUCAGUGGGUGACUAAUCUUCAGUGGAUCAAUAAGGCUCACUGGACAAGAGCACCGAGGCCCGCAUUUGCAGUGUCUGGAAUUAACGAGGGAUACGUCAAGAAAGCGAGAAAUUUCGCGUUUUACUGGAUUAAUAGAGCUGGUCACUCGUCCACAGAAAAUAACCCAAAGGGAGGAAGAUUUGUUCUUCUUGACGUAAUUGGACUUUCAGGGAAAGUGUCACCAGAAUAUUAACCUCCCUUCUAGGAUGGUACGGACAUAACAAUAAAUGCAUGUACAAACGAUGUUUAUGUGAAUAAACUUGAUGGGCAUACAUUAGA